UUGUCGCGGCUCGGAGCGUGUGUUCUUCCUUUUCAGCAGCUAAACUGAAAUGGAAACAGAAUGGGAAAAUGUUAGACGCGGAACGUCAGUGAUGUCAAGGAAAGGAUAAAGACAUUAAGUGCAUAAUUAGCCACAACUGUAAUUAUUGGUGUUUUGAAUUUAUAAGGCUCGCUCUUGUUAUACGCGUGCACGCUUAUUCCAUCUUGACAGUACACCGUAGUGGUUCCACUGGGUUCAACUUUCACAUCUGGCUCCAUUUCUGUGCUGAUAAUUGCUUCAAUUAGGCUACACCCUGCAUUCCAGGUGUAGGCUACAUGCAGCUAUGAGGAAUAGAGACUACAUUUUUCACUGUCUGUUCAUCUGCCUCUCGUUGACGGUCGUCUGGCAAACGAGGCCAGUCAUUGCUGAUCCUACAACAGAUGCCUUCAAGAACAACAUCACUCUCUUCACACGGAUCCUCGACAGACUUCUAGAUGGCUAUGAUAAUCGCCUUCGACCCGGCCUUGGGGAUCGUGUAACAGAGGUGAAUACCAAUGUCUACGUCACCAGCUUUGGCCCAGUUUCAGAUACAGACAUGGAAUACACGAUAGACGUGUUCUUCCGGCAAAGCUGGAAAGACGAGAGGUUGAAAUUCGACGGGCCAAUGGACAUACUGCGGCUGAACAACUUGAUGGCCAGUAAAAUAUGGACUCCGGACACGUUCUUCCAUAACGGGAAGAAGUCGGUAGCUCACAACAUGACCAUGCCCAAUAAACUACUGAGGAUUCAAGACGACGGCACCUUACUUUACACCAUGAGGUUGACGGUUCACGCGGAGUGUCCUAUGCAUCUGGAAGAUUUCCCCAUGGACUUCCACUCAUGUCCCCUGAAGUUUGGCAGCUAUGCCUAUACAAUGUCAGAGGUUACUUAUGUUUGGACCAGUAAGCCUGCCGAUUCUGUGGUGGUGGAAGGAGAGAGCUCCCGUUUGAACCAGUACGACCUGCUCGGCCAAACAGUAGGCCAAGAAACCAUCAAGUCCAGCACAGGCGAAUACACUGUCAUGACGGCACAUUUCCAUUUGAAGCGGAAGAUUGGCUACUUUGUGAUCCAGACCUAUCUACCAUGCAUCAUGACUGUCAUCCUCUCCCAAGUGUCCUUCUGGCUGAACAGAGAGUCCGUGCCAGCUAGGACUGUGUUUGGUGUAACCACUGUGCUGACAAUGACCACCCUGAGUAUAAGUGCUCGUAACUCCCUCCCCAAGGUGGCCUACGCUACGGCCAUGGACUGGUUCAUCGCUGUCUGCUAUGCCUUUGUCUUCUCCGCCCUCAUUGAGUUUGCCACAGUCAACUACUUCACAAAGCGCGGCUGGGCCUGGGAUGGGAAGAGCAUUGUGAAUGACAAGAAAAAAGAGAAGGCCUCCGCCAUGAAGAAGAACAACGCGUACGCCGUGGCGGUGGCCAACUAUGCACCCAACAUCACCAAAGACUCUGGGUUGUCCACCAUCGCCAAGGGCGGCGCUGCUGACCCCAACAUGGCGGUUGGCAAGGUGGGUGGCAAAGCAGACCCAAAGAAGACUUUCAACAGUGUGAGCAAAAUCGAUAGGAUUUCGAGGAUUAUGUUCCCGGUCCUGUUUAGCAGCUUCAACUUAGUCUAUUGGGCCACAUACUUAAACAGAGAACCUUAUAUAAAGGAUAUGGUGCCCUCAACCUAGAGGCCUCUCCCUCCUGCAUUGUAAUAUAUCCGAAUUACGGGACUAAAAGACUUAGCAAAUACGACUGGUAUCUGCUAACUCUUGGUUCGUUGGUACAAGACAGACAAGCCCUGGAUUGCUUUGUGUCCCUCUCUUUCCUGUUUUUUCUACACCACUUUCUGCAGUGCUUUUGGAAAGAACUGGCCUUUGUAAAUACAGCAUAAAUGUAUAAUCAUGACUUUUGUGUGUUUCGUGAUAUAAUCAGUGAACAAUACAUUUAUUUUGUGUGCUUAUGUUUUAUUGACCAUUGAAAAGUUUAUAAAAGGAACCUCGAGAUGUUUAUUUUAGUCAAAGUUUUAGAAAAUCUUAUUUUUUUUAUAUUUCAUCUUAUUUUGUUUUGUUUUUUUGUGGGCUAAGUAUGUAAUAUUUCUCAGUAUUUCUCAAUUAUGUAUAAAGUUAUCUUUUUCUAUACAAGCCAAUACAAAAAAAGGUGAAAAUAUUUAAAUGCUUAUGUUUUAUUGCAAUGUAGUAUAUUAUUUUGUUAAACAAAAUAUCAACAUAAGCAAAACAAACAAUGUUUUUUGUGUGUUGAUUUACGAUACUGUGUAAUGAUUGAUUAAUUGAUUUUAUUUGCCAGUAAAAAAAAAAAAACAUUUACCCACAGUACAUACAUUUAAAAACAUGACAGGGAUAACACAAAAAGGUCUGACUUAUUUCCAUUGUGUAGCCUUAAAAUGGAAUGGAUGAAGGGGUUGAUUGAAGUGUUUGAGGGAGGGUGGGAGCAUCAAUGAUCUCAGUGGAGGGAGAAUCAUGGUAGCAGACAGGGAAGUCUGACAGUCAGUCAGACACGGACAGGUCCGUAGCCUCAGCCACGCAUCUCACCAUCUCAGAUGUCCUGUGUAGUCAUUUGGCUCAGACUAAGUACAGUGCCUUCGAAAAGUAUUCAGACCCCAUCCUCAGCAAUCUACACACAAUACCCUAAAAUACAUUUUUAUACAUUUUUGCUCAUUUAUUAAAAUAAAAAACAAAAAUACCUUAUUGACAUAAGUAUUCAGAACCUUUGCUAUGAGAUUCGAAAUUGAGCUCAGGUACAUCCUGUUUCCAUUUAUCAUCCUAGAGAUGUUUCUGCAACUCGAUUGGAGUCCACCUGUGGUAAAUUCAAUUUAUUGGACAUGAUUUGGAAAGGCACACACCUGUCUAUAAAAGGUCAGUGCAUGUCAACUGUAGAACCUUCACCAUGUGACCCAUGGUGGUGACAGCACCAUGCUGUGGGGAUGUUUUUCAGCGGCAGGGACUGGGAGACUAGUCAGGAUCGAGGGAAAGAUGAACGGAGCAAAGUACAGAGAGAUCCUUGAUGAAAACCUGCUCCAGAGCACCCAGGACCUCAGACUGGGGCGAAGUUUCACCUUCCAACAGGACAACGACCCUAAGCACAUAGGCAAGACAAGCAGGAGUGGCUUCGGGACAAGUCUCUGAAUGUCCUUGAGUGGCCCAGCCAGAGCCCGGACUUGAAACAGAUCGAACAUCUCUGGAGAGACCAGAAAAUAGCUGCUCCCCAUCCAACCUGACAGAGCUUGUGUAACGAACGUCGUUGGAAGAAUGGUCGGACCAAGGCGCAGAGUGGUUUGGGUUCAUCAUCUUUUAUUAAGGUGAACCAGCAACAAAACAAGAAAACAGAAACCAACGAAACGUACAGCCUUGUAGGGUUUAAAAGCAACAAUACAAAGUCAAGAUCCCACAAACAACAGGUGGGAAAGGCUGCCUAAAUAUGAUCCCCAAUCAGAGACAACGAUAGACAAUUGCCUCUGAUUGGGAACCAUACCCGGCUA